AUGUUCGAAAUAGAGGAUAAAUGGAAUUCGAAAUGCGAUUCUGAACUAAGUUCUCCGAAAACACUAUAUACAGGGGACCAAGUAAUGAAUCAGUUCCUCCAAAACCCCCCAUCUUUGACCCAUUGGAUUCAUCAUCUACUCUAUUUCUGGCUUCUUUCUUCCUCACUUCAUUCCCACACCUUCUGGUUGUGGAUCACUAACUGGUGGAGAAAUUUGAGGUUCUUUGCCUAUUUGCUGAGCAAUGGAAAAACCAAAGGGUCCAUAGAUCCUGAAAAUUUUAAGCAAUUCAAGCUUGUUAAGCGCACACAACUUAGCCAUAAUGUGGCCAAGUUCAGAUUUGCUCUUCCUACACCUACUUCAGUCUUGGGACUUCCUAUUGGACAGCAUAUUAGUUGCAGGGGUACAGAUGGACAAGGUGAAGAGGUUAUUAAACCAUAUACUCCAACCACUUUGGAUUCUGAUGUUGGAUAUUUUGAGCUUGUUAUUAAGAUGUAUCCUCAAGGUAGGAUGUCCCACCACUUCAGAGAGAUGCGUGAAGGUGACUAUAUGGCUGUAAAGGGGCCUAAGGGGCGUUUUAGGUAUCAACCAGGUCAGGUUACAGCAUUUGGAAUGAUUGCUGGUGGAUCUGGCAUCACUCCAAUGUUUCAGGUUGCUAGGGCUGUUCUUGAAAACCCUUCAGACAAGACAAAAGUGUAUCUCAUCUAUGCUAAUGUCACAUCUGAUGACAUCCUUCUUAAGGCAAAACUGGAGGGACUUACUUCUAAUUACCCUGACCGCUUCAAAGUUUACUAUGUAUUGAAUCAGCCACCAGAGGGAUGGACAGGUGGCGUUGGGUUUGUAUCAAAGGAAAUGAUCCAAGACCAUUUACCUGCACCUGCAUCUGAUAUCAAGAUUUUACGGUGUGGGCCACCACCAAUGAACAAGGCGAUGGCUAGUCAUCUUGAAGCUUUGGGAUACGAAUCAGAUAUGCUAUUCCAAUUCUAAAUCCAAAACCUCCUAUUGAGAUUUGAGAUUACUGUGUUAGAUUUUGUUUGUUGUAUUUGGGAUUUUGUUAGUGGGAUUUGUGUGUACUCUAUCUAGUUGAAUAAACUUUAGUUUUUCCACCUCAAAUUGAUUGACUGACGCGCUA